GGUACCUUUACCUUUACCUUUACCUAUUUUAUUGCAACUUCACUGGCAGUGCUAAGGCUGCAAUGUGGGGAUUAGGCAAAAAAGAAAAAAAGAAAGAACAAUAGAACAGGCGAUGAAGGGCUUCACAGAUGCAAAAUAGGUAAGCAUCAAUCUGAUUUUCACCCACUCUUCUUGACCUGUUGGGGGAGUUUUCAAACUCAGAGGAUUAGAUAGCCAUUUCAGGCACAUGUUGCUGCUCACAACACACCACCAUCCGGCAAAACCCCUUUAAGGAAUGGCUUGUGCUGCUAACUCAGGACUGAGGGGAUGCUGGGUGGCAGCCUGACAAAGGGAAGGCAUUGAAAAGAGCUCCUUUGCUUCCUAAAUUUUCUUCCUUUUCUACGUGCUUGGAUUGCCAAUCACAGGGCCUGUCAUGUGUCUCUGUGAGAGUGAAUGCACACGGAAGGAUCCCACUUGUUUAUAAAGAGGUUUGGGAGGGAAAGUUUCUGGUCUGCAAGGGUGAGGACAAUAACUGUGCUGCCUUGAAAGAGCUAGCAAGGGAGCAUGAUUCAGUGGAAAACAAGGCAACGGUAAUGGGAACAAAUAAAGCCCACACACCCUACCUUCAUAUUUCACCUUUCUUGCCACUUCAAAGCCGCAAGCAAAAUCUAAGAGAGCCUUCCUUGUCUCUUUCCUUUACAGCAGGGGCAGACCCUGCUACAGACCACACCCUCUCACAGGCCCUGCUACACGUCCCAAAUAUUGUUGUCUGCAUGGAAUGUGUCCUUGAAUAAUGCCCCCUGCUUGCCUAGAGCAGGGGUCAGCAAACUUUUCCAGCAGAGGGCCUUCAGGGGCUGGACUAUAUUUUGGGGAAAAAUAAUGAACGAAUUCAUAUGCCCCACAAAUAACUCAGAGAUGCAUUUUAAAUAUAAGCACACAUUCUACUCAUGUAAAAACACCAGGCAGGCCCCACAAAUAAGCCAGAGAUGCAUUUUAAAUAAAAGGACAUGUAAAAACACGCUGAUUCCUGGACUGUCCACAGGCCGGAUUUAGAAGGCGAUUAGGCCAGAUCCAGACCCCAGGCCUUAUUUGCCUACCCAUGGCCUAGAGGGAGGAUAGUGUCCGUGUAGAAACUAGCCUACUGUACGAUGAUGAAAUUUAGAUUACUUGCUUCACCCACUUUAACCCACCCACGUUUGUCUCUGGCCCUUCGCAUCACUGGUAUGUGGCCCUGGGAAAGUGGCUCCUGAACUGAAAAAGGUUAUUUAACUCUGCUUCACAUAUACCUCCCGUGCCUAUUCCUUGCUUCUCACCUGCCUGUCAUGAUCGGACAGGAGAGGAGCGACUGUUAUUAGGUCAGUCAGUUGUAAACACUGACACUUAACAAUUUUGGUUCUACACAUCGAAUGUAGACCUAAGGCCCACAAAUGAUGUCAUGCAGGAGAAUCCACAGUUGCACUUAUCUGUAAUGUAAGCAUUGCACAUUAUGAUUGAAAUCAAGGGGGCUGGCUGAGCAUCGAUGCACAAACUAACUGUGGAGUCACAUGCCAGUUAUUUUACUCUAAGAACAAAGGAGAUGAAUGCUUACCAUUGCCCCUGCCAUUGCUAGUUUUUUUAUUUGUUUCUUAUCACUUCUUAAUGCACGUCUUCUCAUUUUCCCUGGAAGUAGGUCCAUGGUGGUGCCGUGUAACCAUGCAUCAAAUUGUUUUGAAAUGACACAUGAGGGUGUUGUUAAAAAUGUGCGUGGGCAGAAGUACUGCAUAUUGGAUUUGGCACUAUUAUUUGGGAGCUGAGUGAAUAAUUUAUUAAAUAUAUUCUUGCCCACCUUUCUCUUUUAAAGAAACCCAUAAAUCCUUGGGUGGGUCAAAACCAAUUAACAAAUUUCAAUCACAAAAAUGAUCUUGAAAUGAAAUUAAGAGCAGUGCAUUUAAAAGUACAUUGCAUCAGCAUCCCAAGUGCCUUCUGAAAAAGAAAAGGCUUUUUGCUGUUCUUUGGAAAGCAGUAAAAGAUUUUGCUUCGCAGGGACCCCGAGGGACAGAGUUCUGCAUUGUGACAUCAACAGCAGGCAAAGUCCUGUUCGUUGGAACUGCCAGUCUAAUCAUUGACAGUGUUGGCACGCAGAGCUGGGCUUCCCUAGGUGAUCUAAGAGCAGGGCUAUUGUUGGCAGUCAGUAUCUUUGGGCACUUGCCAAAGCCCACACCUUAGUAGGAGGCUUGGUGCCAAUUCCUAGAGCCUUGUGGGCCUCCACCUCCUUCCUUCCUGUGUUGCAGCCUCUUCACCUGCCCUCUCUAAGAAAGGAGAAGGAGCAGUAACCUCUAUGUGCUUUGGUUUCUACCUCUGGAAGGUGGCUUGGGCUGGGACCAGAGAGAAAGGGAAGCAAAUGAGCAGCAACAGUGGUGGAGAAGACAUGAUAGAUACAAUUGGGGAGUGAGCCAAUUGAGAGCAUCUUGCACAAGUCCCCCUACACAUUGGCGGAGGAUGGGGGAUGCAGUAUGUGCAGCCUGCCCCGGGUGUCAUCCCUGAGGGGGGGGGGUUUGACAUCACCACGCUGUCCCCCUGGGAUGCUCGCCCUGCCCCACCGGCGGCUAGCCCCAUCCCCACUCUGGGUGCCGUAGCAGCUAGCUCUGCCUCUGCCUACCCACACACCUGGUACUGGCAUUAUCUAACAGUGUGAGGAGGUUUCUCCGCAAAGAUGCACGACGGAAAAAAAAUUCACAGAACAUUUAAAGGAAAAUUUGCCAGUGCUUUAUUCACUUGUGGAAAAUUCUCAGUUUCGUAAGUUCGCUUGUAACAGCAAAAGGAUGCCAAUGCAAUUUGAGGCAAGCCUGGCAGUUUUCAAAGAUUUUAGCUUUGUUUGUUGAAUACUAAUGAAAAGCGCUCAGCUUUGAUUGAGUGUUCUAAGAAACGAACAAAAGAAAAAUCAGCGGUCAAAAUCAAUGCAGUUUUGAAAGGAUCAGUUUGCCAUCGUGAAUAAAGAUGGUGUUCAAUUUUAUCCAAACAUAGACAAAAAACCUGUUCCUUGAUCUCAGGAACCAUCAUGCAAAAUUUUGUUAUGAUGUAUCAAAUAGUGUUCAAAUUAAUAGAGAAUGGACAAAGAGACAAUUUUUCAAAAGAUAUAGCAGACAAGUAAAAUGUCAUGCUAAAUAAGAUCAUUCUCUAGGGUAUCAGAAAAUUACUCUGUGCAAACUGAACAUUUUCUAAUCAAAUUACAAAUAGUGGUGUCUGUUUUCUGGGGGAGAUAAUCCAAUUCAGAAUUUUCCAGAAAACCCACAUCACUGUUUGUAUGAGAGUCAACAUGCUCCUGUAACUAGGCAGAUCUGAAGUAAUUUAGGGCUUUAAAGAUCAGUACCAACACCUUCAAAAACUCGAACACUGAAACAAACAGAUCAGAUCAGUAGUGCAGUUAGGUAAUUAUUUGCUUUCUAAAAUAGAUUUUUUCCACUAGUUUUUAUAGUAACAUUAACAGUACAAAAUAAAGUAAUACAACUCAGCUCAGCCAUACAAUUCAUAUUGAUAUCAAUUAUAUACAGUAUUUCAUUAGUCCAAUCAUGUAGAACAUGGGUAGGCAAACUAAGGCCCGGGGGCUGGAUCCAGCCCAAUCGCCUUCUAAAUCCAGCCCGCGGACGGUCCGGAAUCAGCAUGUUUUUACAUGAGUAGAAUGUGUCCUUUUAUUUAAAAUGCAUCUCUGGCUUAUUUGGGGGCCUGCCUGGUGUUUUUACAUGAGUAGAAUGUGUGCUUUUAUUUAAAAUGCAUCUCUGGCUUAUUUGUGGGGCAUAGGAAUUCGUUCAUCCCCCCCAAAAAAAUAGUCUGCCCCCCCCCCAAGGUCUGAGGGACACUUGAACGGCCCCCUGCUGAAAAAGUUUGCUGACCCCUGAUGCAGAAGAACAGAAAUAAAGUGCUGAUUGUGAACUAAAAAAGUUAUGCAUCGGUUCAUGCUAUAUUCGAUAUUGUCAGGGGUAUGCAGUUCUGGCACACACACACACAUACCCCCAAUGUUCAAAGUGUGCCAUUUUCUGUAACAACUUCAUUGUGAAUACCGGCAGCUUUUUUUUUUUCUCCAAAAAAAUAACGCGUUGGAUAUUGUAUACAAUUUACUGCAGGAAAUCCCUCUAUAAUGUUCCGUGUGAAAGGCUGGACUGCAAUUAACAUUCUCCCUGGUGGUAUAUAUGAAAUACAGCUAGACCAACGUUCAUGGAAUAGCAUUUUAAUUUUUUCUACAGUUAGGUAGUUCUAGACUUAAUGGUCUUUUACACUGCCUUUUCAGAAGGUAGCGUUUAUUACUUCACUUUCAAAUGUGGUAAGCCAGCGUUCCUCAUUUGUCCCCCCACAUCCUCAUUCUGCAGAGCAGGGACCUGCCAAGUACUUCCCUGUCAGCUCAGCACAGUGCUGGAUUUAUGUAUAAGCUAAGUGGCAAAUGGCUUUAGAUACCUAUUAGGUCCAUCAAUUACCAUAUGGCAUAUAUUUAACACAAAAACCAGUGACCAUUUGUUGUUGAUAAAGGACAGCUGGACAUAUAAAGGGCCCCAUUACCUUCAGUAGCUUAGGGCCUCAUCAAACCUAAAUCUGGCCCUGGCUCAGCAGCAUCCCUGGAUAAGGCAGGAAGGUCUUGUAUUGGAAUAAUCAUUUCACACACUUCUUUCCACUGCUAUAGUUGCUCUCUUGAUUCCCUCCCGCUCUCGCAGUUAUGCCUUUUUAAUAUUGCUUGCAACGGUUUCCAAUUUCAAAAGUAAGUCUGAGUGUGGCAAACAAACACUAUCGAUGCAUCCUCAGGGGACAGCCCACGUAAUUCGGCUUGCAGAAACACGGGGUGGGGGUGAGCAGCGUGCGAUGAAAGGAACAAAGAAAAAGAUGCAGUUGCAAGAUAAAGUGUGAGAGAGAGACCUGCUUCCGUUGACUGAACUGCAGGCAACUGGGUCUUACCCCUGACAGAUGGCUUAUUGUACCUCCUAUCAGAUGCAGCAGCUGCAUAAGCCACAGAUGGAAAUAUAACAUCUUCAGAGUUAUUAGGUGUGAUUCUGACUCUGGUUUAAUUUAGGUUCAUGGGAUCCUUGAAGGCAGAAAAACAUUUAAGCCCCCUUGCAUCUGCAAAGUGGCAGAUCGGUGCAAGCCCUCGGUGUUUCUUCUGCAAGAAAUCUGGUUUGUAGGUGAUGGAGAGGAAGGCAUGGGUGGAAGAACUCUUGCAAAUGGUGCAAGCGGGGAGCAGGAACAGCCCCUCAGGCUGAGGAUCCCUACAUCCAAACACUAAAUCGCACCUCCUUUCCCCAAUGGAAGAGCACAGAGAGUUACAACCUAAUGUUUCCUGUUUGGGGGACGUUAAAAGUAGACGCAAAAGGAAAAUCACACCAACUUACUAUAGAACCAGCCUUCCCCAAUCUGGGGCCCUCCAGAUGUGUUGGACUACAAUUCCCAUUAGCCCCAGGCAGCAUGGCUAUACUGAUGGUACCCCAAAACAUGGGGGGGGGAACCAGGUUGCUGAAGGCUGAGCUUAUGCUAGUGUCAUAGUUUAGAGUUCAGUCUACUAAACUUUAGCAUGUUUAUAAGAAUUCAAUAGGAUUCACACCAACAGGUUUGAGCCAGAAGGCUCACCUGGCUUUUUCCAUGAGGAGCCACACCAAAAGAUCCUAGGUACCUGGGGAUUCCAUUUUUUCAGAAGCAGGUUAGAAGGACUUUUUCUUCCCACUGUUAACUUGAUUCAUAUGUAGUGUUAGAAACAUCUGGCUAGUUCAGAUGACAACCUUGAGCUAGGUUAAGAACUUUAAGAACUUAAAAGAAGAAAAGUCACUUGAUCCAGGGGCAGUCCACAUAUAUAUUGGCCUCUUCCGACCUCUUUUUCUUAAUGGGGACUGCUCCUGCUCAGGCUGCACACAAAAAAGCAUUUUGGUUUCUGGAAAUCCAUUCCAAUUGUGCAGAUAAAAUAUAAACGGUAGAAUUCUACAGCAUGCAGUAUUAGUGUGUGAAAACAGUCCAGACCCAAUGAUCCUCAGGCAUGCACCUCCAGAUGGUGGAGAUGUCAGGCGCUAGCCUGACACCCAGGCAUCUUCACUUGGUCACAAGUGGUUGAUAGCCAGGUGCAAAAUGUACUUGGUACCUGGCUAAUAUUGAACACUGUUCACAUGUACAAGAGUUUUAAUACUAAUGGUAUCAUGAACAUGAAUAUAUACCCAUAUGAGCAAUGUUGGGGGGUAAUGAAAGGAGCCUGCAAGGGCCAAUUAACAGGCAUCGACAGGAAGCAAAGAUUCCAGUGAGUCUAUGGGGCGAAGCUGCAGCAUUUCAUAACAGCACAAGGUUUAAUUACGGUACUGAGAGGGAUGGGGGUAAUAGCUGGUGGGGACAGCUAUGGGAAUCCUACUUACAAUUCAGCAAAUCCAGGAUCAGGCACAAUAGACCGGGUUGCUUGGCAAGGAUCUCAGAAAAUAAGAUUGCUUUUAAAAAAUGCCUUAGAACCCACCCUGUGUACAUUUCUCCUUGAUUGUAAUGCUCAGAACACCACCACAAAGGGUUAAGUCUCUUCUUUCCUUCUAAAUACUAAAUAAGGGUUAAACUCAGCAAACCCUCCAGAUGCUUAAAGGGGAAUAGGCAAAAGAAGAAGAAGAAGAAGAAGAAGAAGAAGAAGAAGAAGAAGAAGAAGAAGAAGAAGAAGAAGAAGAAGAAGAAGAAGAAGAAGAAGAAGAAGAAGAAGAAAAAGAAAAAGCUGCCUUAUAAAUCUUUAGCAAUGUGAGGCCUCAAGUCUGAGCAAAUAAGCACGCUCUUCCCUGUUUCCCCCCCCCCCCCAGUUCCUGGGUGUUUAUGAGGCUGGGAUAGAGAGGGAAGGCAAAACACUCACCUCACGGUUUAGUUAUAGUGGCAAAGUCUGCUGGUAUCCCAUUCAGCAGCUUAGGAAGGCUGGGCUUGAAACCAGAUAGCAAGACACUGUGGCCAAAUACAUUUCUUGGAGAUGGUUGUAGCUAGAGAGUAACCCAUCAUGAGCAGAAAUCGGGAAUCCUAGCUUCCUCACGGUCCUUUUAUUUUACUACUUUGCUGAUUGCUUCCGACUUCAAAGGGUGUGUGCACGUAAAUGGCCUUUUAUAUGUGUUGUGUUCCCAUCACAGUAUUACUUGCAUCUCUGUUGUAUAGAAAUUGAAGGAAGGAUGUGUUCAUAUGCGGAUUUUCCAUUUCAGGUGUUUAGGUUGUCUGUGUUCCUUUUUCUGGUUUUGAGUAAAUUUGGUGCCAUUUGUGGUUGUUGUCCAUUGAAGAAGAAAAAAAGCAUGUAAUUAAUUAUUAGUGUGCUUGGUGCUGCACAAACUGACAAGAGGACAGGUCUCUGUCCCCAAGGAACUUACAGUCUAAAAUUUGACCUAAAGGUAAGCAACAGUGGAAGUGGAGGCAGGGGAAAAUAAUAAAGAAAUAUAUGUAUAUGAGUUACACCCUUGGUGUAGGUGGGCUGUGCGGCCUUCCAGAUGUUGCUGGACUCCAGAUCCCAUCAGCCCUAACUAGCAUGGCCAAUGGUCAGUGAUUAUGGGAGCUGUAGUUAAAAAUACAUCAUGAGGGGCAAAUGUUCCACACCCGUGCGCUAGAGCAUGGGGUCCAGGAGGCUGUACCAAAGACUUACUAGGCUGCGUUUUGAGGAGGGGUGUCAAGUAAAGUAGGAGGAGUGUUCUAGGAGGCAGCUCCAGGCAUACAAGCCACCAAGGGAGAAAAGGUGAAGGUUGUUUGUUUGUAGGACCAGGAGACUUUCACAUUGUGGUGGGUGGUGGAGCUUCAGGAACCAAGUUCAUGAGCAGGGAAUGCAAUUUUUACUCUCUCUCUUCUUAAAGGUUUCCUGAAAUCUUAGUUUAAGCUACUGUACUUGUGGGCUUUUGGGUCAAGUGAAAAAUAUCACACACACACACAUGCUGAUGCUGCUGGUGCUCUCAAGGUCUUCUCCUGCUGCCCAUAAAGCCUCCUAAGGUGGUGAAGCUGGCUACCUUUUUCUCCCUUGAAAAGCACAUGGAACCGAAGAAGGAAGUUAGGAGUCUCACUCUCUUUCCCACUUCCUCUUUUAUCUCUAUGUGCUUCCCAAAACUCAGAUUAAUUCUACUGGAGGUGGCUAGAGUGGGUGCCAAGAUUAAGGGUGAGGUUGCCAGCAUUUAAAGACUCAUCUGGAGGCAUUGGGCUCUACUAGCCUAUUGUACCAGUGGAAGCCAGUGCAAGGAUUCCUGCUAGCACAAUGCGAAUUUUCACUUUUUCACCUCCUGCUUGCACCCUGCACAAUCCCCAAAUUUGCUCUGGAGGGAUGGGGGAACACCCAGACCAGGUUUUGGGUGGUGCUGGGAGAAGGAAGGAGGAGGUUCCCUUGCACAGGGAAAACCUUUCCACUGAUACAACCCAUAGCACUAGGCUGAACACAACCCAUCCAGCAUGAGUCAUUUGCAUUGCUUUUUGUGUUAUGCUUUGUCCUCAUGAAGACAUUAACUUGAGUGCUUUAUUCAUGCUUUAAAAAGAAUUGGCUAGGUUGCCACUACUUGAAGUAAGCAUCACUUAGAGCUCAUCCAGACUUUGGUGCCACAUUUCUAGGUUUGCGCUUUAAAGCUUUCCCUGCAAAAAACUUGCUCUUUACCUCUGAAUCAGAGUAAAUGGCAUCUGCAGAAAACUUGAUUUGCAAUUUGUUCUGAUUCUGCAUUAAGGAGUGGGUUUUCUUGGGGAAAGUGAUGGGGCAUGGGGCUUAAAAGCAUGGAUGUGCGCCUAGAAAGUACAGGGCAAUAGCUAAGUGUGGAUGAGCCCUUAGCUGCUGAUGGAAAAAAGUGUUAUAUAAGAGCCUAGGAGAAACCAAUCACCAUCUGUUUUAUACAUUUAAAGCAGUACUCAUACCACUUUAAACAGUCAUGGAAUCCUGGGAACUGAAGUCCCCCCCCCUAAUUUUAAUUAUAAGAACAACAUAUAAGCACAGUAACUUGUCCAGUGGUAUGUACAUUCUUAUUAAGUUUCAUAUGCAGUACACAAGGAAUGCAGUCGUACCUUGGAAGUCAAACAGAAUCCAUUCUGGAAACCAAGGUGUGGCUUCCGAUUGGCUGCAGGAAGCUCCGGGACAAUCACUUCUGGGUUUGCGGCGUUUUGGGACCCAAAAUGUUCAUCUUACAAGUCGUUUGAGAUCCAAGGUAUGACUGUAUGUUUAUUUAUGCAUUAUCAAGUAUCCUAUCCAUAGAGAUUCUUGUGUUGGGGGUAUAAUAAAAGUAUCUUCUGUCUCAUUUAUAAAGGAAAAGAAAGGAAGCCAAGCCUCACCAAAAGUGUCUGUCCUUACAAUACCUUCUGUGCCAAGUAAGGCAUUCUGAUAGCCACGUCCCAAAUAUCAUUUAACCAGAUUUCAAUGGGGAUUUGGGAACUGUAGUUUGUUAACGGGUGCUCGCUGUUUGUGCCAUAUGUGAUAAUGUUUUCAGUGUGGUCUAGAUGCCCCUGUGCCAUAAAGUACCUAAUAUGUAUAUUGCAUAUGCGGUGGCCUUGAGUCAGAGAAGUGUUUCCCUUUGCUCUAGGCUCUAGAGAUAUAAAAAGUAUGCCAUUGUCACUCCCUUCAGCCAUAUAAUUUUAAACAUAGUUCCCAACUCCACCCAACUUACAGACAGACUAGUAGUGCAUUCUUGGUCUUAUUUUUGGCAGACACAGUUGUGUUGGUGGUCCAUGGCUCUCUGUGUCUUGGCAGGGCUGUGGUACGACUGCCUCCGUUUGGUGCUGUGUGAGGCAUAUUCCCCGGAACCUCUCUCAGCUAUCUCUCAUCAUCAGUUAACGUCCAUUGCCCUUUGAACAGACAGCAUGCUAUGACUUUCUAGUUGAGAUUGCCCAGAUAUCCAGGGGUUCCCUCCCCAGCAAUUUGAGGUCAUUGGUGGGGGAGAGCUGGGACAGUGAUCUCUGGCUCCUCUCCCUCCAGCAUCUGGUUUGCAUUGUGUACGCCUGGCCCCUGGAGCCAAGGGCAUCUGCCAUAAAGCUAAAAUUAGCACAGGAUGUUGAUCUAGUUAGCUGGAUUUGGUAACUCCAAGCUCCUGGGCUGGCUCCAGAGAUGAGUCAGUUCUCCUCCUCAACCCUGCUGCUCAGACCUCUGUGCACAUUUGAUCGGAUGCAGGUCCUGCGCAGCAAGGCUCUUGGGGGCCACUUUUCUUUGCUCUGGUUUGUGCAUCGGUUGGUAGUGCUAGAGGUAGUCUUGCUUCUUCCCCGCAUCUUAGGGGUUUCCAAACUGUGGUCCAUGAAUCACUAGUUGUCUGUGAGCUUCAUUCAGGUGGUAUGUUGAUUUUUGGCUGAAAGUGGGAAGUAGUACAUGUAUUACAUGAAAUAGCCAUAUGUAUUUUUCAUUUCAUUUUCACCUUUCCCCCCCUUCUAUGGGAUUGUUACAGUUUGAGAUCUAUGGAAUCUACCAUAGCAUCUAGCACAGCACAUUACAAUUGCUACAAUAGGCAGUGAAAUUGUUAAGUGGUCCUUCAGGGCCCUUAGCAAUUGUCAAGUGGUCCAUCGGGGAAGAAAUUUCGGGAAACACUGCUGCAUCUUGCUGCUGUUUCACUUUGUCUGUUGGAAUGGAGCAGCCUCUUUUCAGCAUUUAGGGCUGGGCAGCAGAAUGAGUCUCUUUUUGUCUCUGUUGCGCUUGUCAGCACAUGUCUCUCCGGCUAUUGGCAAAGCCACAGUGUUUAUGUCGGGCAAGGUUUUUUCAAGUCUUGCACAGUUGAGCGGGGUGUGGGUGGGUGUCCUUGCCUAGUGAAUCAUUUAAAUGUGUCCACUCUUCAUUGCCUCCCAUUCUGAAAUAGUGGAGGAAUAGCAAGGGCAGGCAGACCUAGACCACCUUGCUGUUUAGCGUGGCCAUUAAGGGAGCUGAGAUCUAGGACUUAAGUAGCUGGGAAUCUGAUUUCACAGAUCCAUAUUGCAAAAUCCAGGAUACUUAAUUUGAGUCAUUUUUAAAUUACUGACCAUUAUGCACUUUGUGUAAAUUGCAUUUUGGGGUUGAGUCCAUCUGAACAAAUAUAUCCAUGUCUCUGAAAGAUGGAAUGCACUAACGUGGUUGCUGCUAAUUCCAUAGAAUGAGGGGGAAGGUAGCAAGAUAUGAUGGAAAUAUUAUCAACUAGGGGCAUGUCUUAUGAAAGCUCCUUGGUAUGAAUGAGAACUCAGGAACCACAAUAAUGCUUGGUUAUAUUUUAUAGCAUAACCUAUAGUUGCUUAUAAAUUGAAAGCUUUUGAACCCAGGUUCAACCCCCACACCCAUUUUUCUCGAAUGUGGACUUGCAUGUCUAUUGAGAAGAUGCCAGAUUUCUGUGCUUAAUAUCAUAUAAGCUACGUGGUGGGCCUUGUACUUUUAAAACACCUUGCUUCAGGGAGCACCCUUGCUAGCCAAAGCUGGAUGUAGGAAGCAGAGGAAGUUGGAAGGGUUUUUUAAAAACAGCAACAUAACUUCAGCUGAAGCAGCUUGAACCUACUGACAUGACCACCUGAAAGGUGCCAAAUACAUCUUUAGGCUUUGAUCUGCUGUCCAGUUAAGUUUCAUAAUGGAGAAGGGCAGUUUAAAUGCAAAAUGGAAAAAGGGGUUAAAAACUAUAUUGUAGCACAUCAAUUUAUCUUUUAAUUUACAGGAGUGUGCAGCUGGAACUAAAACUGCCUCCACAGGAAAAUGGAGGGAGAGAAAAACCUAACAGCAGCAGGGUGGGGAAGUAUAUUGAGUUUGUCAUUAUUCCAAGUAGCAAGUUAUGAUUUGCAGCCUUGACAGAUAAAUUACUUACUUACUUAAAAUUAAAAAGUAGCAAAUGCUGAGUGUUCAUUUUCAAAAUUCAGACUUCACACAAACACACACACACAAACUCUUAAGAAAAAAAACUGCAUGGCAAGGGAGAGGCCUGUUGACUACGAUGGAAAUGGAAAAGCAAAUCUAUAAUUUGAACUUGCUUUGCUAAAAGACGUGCCAGAGAGGGAAAGGAUCCUUCACUGCUUUGUUCACAAGCCAUGUUGGGUUGUUUGGCUAUUCUGGAUGAAGUUGCACUCCCUUUGGUGGAUCAGGGAUGCAUUUGGGGAGUGCUCCUGGAACCAUCUCUGUCACUAAAAACUCCAAGUGACCUCUGUGGCAAAGAGCACCUACGACCAGCUUUGGUUGGUAUUACAGCUGUGCUCUUUCCUGGAUAGGGUAGCUUGGCCACUGCUGGUCAUGCGUUGGUAUCUGCACGCUUAGGUUUCUGUAAUGUGCUGUAUCUGUGGCUGUUCUCGCAGCCGGCACAGAAGCUGCAGCUAAGUGCAGGAUCCAGCAGCUGUAGUGCUGAAUGGGGCACCCAGGUAUGUACAUACUUCACUUGUGUUGAAGGAACUGCACUGGCUGCCCUAGUGGCUACCAGACAACACUCAAAAGUGUUGUUGCAGACAUAUAGAAAAUUCUGAACAACUUGGCUCCAGGAUGUUUGGCAGAUUGCUUUCCCCUAUAUAAUCCUAGUCAAUCCCUACAGUCAUAUAAUCAUAGCUUCAGAGGAGGUCCUUUCAAACUCUGCUUACAGCACUGCCAGUUCUCAAGGCUUGGUGCUUUUUCCUUCACCCGCUGCAGCUCCAGAACUCCCGCACCUUCUCCCUAGCUCGCCUCUGUGCAUACAUGAAAUAAUCAUUCAUUCCUGGGCUGGGUUGAUUUGCUGGCUGCACAGAAGAGAGCAUCACACUGGGAGCAUGGAGUGUUCAUGGGAUUAUUUAUUGGCUGUGGGAGUGGCUUCAUAGCUUAGCACUUGCGGAGACUGAAGGAGAUUCUGGGGCCUUCCUAAAAGAGACAGAUUUCCAAGCUGAUUAUCUCAGUGGAUCCUCCUGACCUUAAAAAGUAUGAAAUUCUGGCUGAGGAAUCCAGCUGACUAACUCUCCUCCCAGAAUGCACUUGGGGCAUCCUCUGUAUGGCAGUAUUGUUUUAGCAGCAGGAACCAUGUUAGUUUCCAGCAGCCAAACUGCUGUUAUUCAGCGACUACAAUAACCUUGGCAGAUGUUGUUGUGGUUGCCGCGGAAACGUUUUCUUUUGGUCAUAGCCCACGUGAAAUUUAUUGUUUUAUUUAGGUCCUGACAAGCAGGUUGCAGUGGGGAAGGCCAGAGUGUCACCUCGCGAGGAGGAGACGUGUAGGCAGAGCAGCCCAACCUCUUGUGUCUCCCACAAGCACUGGCUUUGGCCAGCUUUAUGCUGCCUAGUAGUGUACCGGCCCCGCCCUCGCCCUCCUCUGAAAAUAUGAAAUUCCUGACUAAACCAUCCAUUAAUUCUGCAACCACAAAUCCUCAGUAUUUGAAUGGCAAAGCCAUGCCUAUAUUCACAUGUUUUAUUUAGCUGGCAGACCUUACGUACACAGUUGUAUAAUUUUAUGGUUUGAAUUUUUCCGUUUUAUGUUCUGCUUUAUUUCCUUUUUUGUCAGAGACGGGAGAGAAUUGGCAGAAAGCUGUAGGACACACAGGAACAGUUAAGAGCCGGGAAGAAGCAACAGGCUGGGCAGGAAAAGGGAGCUUGUGGGCCUGUCUACCCAGGGCCGGCUCUAGGGGUAGGCUGGGUGGCGCGGGGCCAGCAGGGGGGCGCUAUGUGGCGGAGCUGCGCGGGCGCCCACCAGCCGCGGCAAGAAACGGGGCGGGGCGGGGGUGCCAGAGCGAUCUCCGCACCACGGCGCCCGGGCGCCCGACAUGCUUAAGACGGCCCUGUGUCUACCCCAGUCAUCUUUGCUCCAUCCCUCUCUCCUAAAGUUUUAUCCAGUCCUUCAAAGUGUGCCCAGAGCUGUUACAGUAGCUCUUGGUAUAUGUCGGUGUUGCUGUUGCAAGUGCCUCUCGGAUAAACUACCUAGGCUGUGGCAAAAAAACACACAGCAGCCAUCCCAGACACAUAAAAACCCAGAGCACUUUUUAAAGCAGAACUCUCUUUCAAGGCCUUCCGCCCUGCACAAGGCAGUGCAGCUGUGGCUUAACAAGGGCAGUCCCAGAAUCGGUGUCUCACAGCAGUCUAAAGGGUUGGGGCAGUCCAGAGUCUCAAGAAAGGGUCAACAUUAGAGGAAAGGUGACCAGCUAGGUGGAAGGGUGGCACAAGUCAGGGAAUCCUAGAAUCUUAGAGUGGUAGAAUUGGAAGAGACCCUGAGGGUCAUCUAGGUCAACCUCAAGGCAAUGCAGGAAUCUCAGCUAGAUCAUAACAUGACAGAUGGCCAUCUAACCUCUUUUUAAAAAUCUCCAAGGAAAGAGAGUGCACCACCUCUCAUGGGAGUGUCAGAAAGUUCUUCCUGAUCUCAUUUUGAAACCAUUUGUUUGGGUCCUACCCUCCAGAGCAGAUGAAAAAACAAGUUUGCUCCAUUCUGGUACAGAGAUGUUGUCCGUGCAACCAUAUGUUACUGGGGCAAAGAUGUUGUGCCUGGAACAGAAGGCUUUUAAACUCAAACCUUCACGUUGCUUGCAGGUUUGGUCUACUCUUGAGGAGUGGCUUACUCACUAGUAUUUAUUUACUCCCAAAGCGCCUUUGUUCCUCAGAUAGGCACUUUGGCAUUUGGCGGUCAACUGAGCCUGCCCCUUUAGGGCUCAAUGGCAGCUUGGCAUCUGCCUGAUUCCAAGAUAGGGCUACCCUUGCCUCAGGAAGAAGGUUAGAUCGCCAUUUUCCCUGAGGACCCGGGACCCUCCUAGUCUCCCUCGCAGUCCCUUCUCACAGCAUAUUUUCCUCUUGAGAGCCCCAAAGAGAAUUCCUCCAGCAGGGGCACGGCCCCUUUGAGGCCCUGAUCCCCGUUACUGGGAUUUGACAUGAGAAAGUUGAGGUGCAUAUCCGUCCUAUACACUUCCCCUACAUAACCCUUGAAAGGGGAGGAUGUUAGCAAGUUCAUUUUUCUUAGACCUGUGUCUAUUCAAGUCGCAUCACCUAUUCCAGGCACCCCCAAACUCCGGCCCUCCAGAUGUUUUGGACUACAAUUCCCGUCUUCCCUGACCACUGGUCCUGUUAGCUAGGGAUCAUGGGAGUUGUAGGCCAAAACAUCUGGAGGGCCGAAGUUUGGGGAUGCCUGACCUAUUCUUUGGCACUACAGGGAACUAGUUGCUUCCCUUGGACUGAAAUUUUUGGCCCACCCACCUCAAAGUUGGCAGUGCCAUGGCACAAGUAAUGGGGGAAGUUGCUCCUGGCGCCCUCAUGUAGCAAGGAUGAGGAACCUAGGGCCCAAUGCACCCCUCCAGGACUUUUUGUCUGGCCCUCAGAAUUCUUCCCUGGCCACACCCCUCUCUGGCGAGCUGCACAUAUCCUAAGUGCUUUCGCCUGACCAGAAUGUGUCCUUUCACUCUGAUAAUGCCUUUUGCUUACCCGGAUGGGGGAUAGAGAGAUGAGCGUGGAGAAGCUAACCUCCUGUACAAAAGUAGACAUCUAUAUUUGUUGCUCUUCCUACUUUUUGCCCAGUGCUUUAGCUGGAAAAAGUUCACCUGCCAUCUCCCUGUCCUGCAGAAAGGACUAUCUGUUCACAUGGCUUUAGCAGUCAUUUCUUGAAGCAAGGCAUGAUGACAGUGUGUUUCAGUUCUCCAAGUGAUAAGUGUAUCAUUUCCUAAAAAACUUUCCCUGCAAAGGAGGCAGGGGUGCCAACUGGAAUAAAACAUUGUGGGGGCCCAGGUAUGCCCCGCCCUGCAAAAUUGAUCACAUGACACGGUGCACGCACACCAUUUGAAUGGCAAUGCCCAUCAACUUUGGAGGUGGGCCUCCAGCCCCCUCAAAUACCGUGUUUCUCAUAUUAUAAGACAUGUCUUAUAUUUAUUUUUUCCUCAAAAAAACACACUAUGGCUUAUUUUCAAGGGAUGUCUUAUUUUUUUCCUCCUCCUCCUGCCGCGGCCAGCAUUGCUGCUGCGCCUAUCACUAGGUCUUAUUUUCGGGGUAUGGCUUAUAUUCCUUGAAUGCUUAAAAAUCCUGCUAUGGCUUAUUUUAUGGGUAUGUCUUAAAAUAUGAGAAACAGGGUACUUUAUUGCGAAGCCCCUAUGGCCCCCCUAGGAGUUGGCUCCUAUGAAAGAAGGUAUAGGGUGGGAAAAUCAACGCAAGUCACUUCCAGUUUCUUGGGCCUGUACAGAUUUUGCCCUGAUUUGGUCUCUUCUGAACUGGCUGCUGAAUCUGUUUGUCUAAACUUUUUUUUUACACAAAUACUCCAUGCCUUUCAGUGCUCUUUCCUACAAGACAAGUUCAGCUUUCAAAAAACUGCCCUCGGUGCCCCACAUUAUUUGGGAAGGAAGUGCAAGAGACUGUGAAGGGCUGUUUCUGUGUGUUUAUUACAUAUAUAGACGACCUUUUCUCCCAAGGAGCUCAUGGCUCUCCUCCCCAUUUCAUCCUCACAUCAACCCUGUGUGGUAGCUUAGGCUGAGAUGGUGACUGGCCCCAGGUCACCUAGUGAGCUUCAUGACUGAGUGGGAAUCCGAACCCUGGUCUCCCAGGUCAUAGUCCAACACUCUGACCAUUACACCACACUGGCAGUGCUGGGGUUGGCAGGCACAGAAUGAGAAGGAGUUCUUGUGCCUUUAAAUACCAUAAGUUUAGUAUAAGUUGGGAGAAACUGCAAGUGCUAGCAACGACCUUCUCCAUCCCACCCUCUUCACCUGUGAUUCCAGCAUACCCUCAAAUUUCUCGGGAGUUGCAUACCAUACCCCCAUACCCUCCAACAUUUCUCCAGUGAAAAUAGGGACGUCCUAAGAAAAGUAGUUGAAUCAGAAACUGUGGAGAAUAGGGACCCUUUGAGGGUCUGUUCCAGCGCCCUGUCCUGUUCUCCCUGUGCUGCUGAUGAAAACUAGCAUCAGGAGAGAAGGGGUUUGAGGCAGGGAAGUCUAGAAGUGAAGAAGCAAACCUGGGGAUCAGAGAAAGAUCUGGAAAUGCUGUGGCUGAGAAAUGCAACCAGAGAGGGAAGGUUGGAGAGGAGGGAAAGUGGGGGUUUGUGUGGGCCUUAAAAAUGGCUAUUAAGAAUCAGAGUGGGCCCUUCCUGUCCUUAAUCCCUUAACAGUGGUAAUUGCAAUUAGCCCUAUUAGCACUAAUGGGUCUGAGUACAGGGCUUUUCUCUCCAUGCCCAGCAGAGAGAGUGGAGUGCUCUUGAGCAUUGCAAAGUAAGGCAGAGGGAUCUGCCUGAGCAUGAAUUAAUGAUUCUCAUGGGAGGUUCCUGCCUGCAGGGUGGUAAAUAGCAGAUGGACCAAGUACGGGAAUGAAACGGGAGGGAAAUCUUGACAGCAGAAGGUGUUGGUUCUUGGUUUAAGGAAAGGGAGAGGGGCUUGAAUUGCGAGAGAGGGAAACUGAGGCAUGGGAAGGAGUAUUGAUGCAACAGGUUAACAAACAUAUAUAUCUGCAUUGCAACUGGCAGUGCUCACUCUAGAUCAGGUACUGUAUAAAGCACCUUCCUUUGUUAAGUCUUCUGUUCCAGGUACAACAUUUUCCCACCACUAACGUCUGGUUGCUGGAACACCUUUGCACUAGUUAUGUACAGUGUCUAGAAUUUUUCAUUGCUUGUUCUGCUCUUUGAGUGAAUGUCUGAUUUGAUUCCCUGUUCUUUCUUGGAAAUAAUAAUACCACUACCUAGCAUGUUAAAGUGAUCAAAUCUCUUCACAUACAUUGUUGCAGCUAUGCUUAAAGCAUCCCUUUAGGUUAGGUAAGUAUUAUUAUCCUCACACUGCAGACCAGAGGCUGAAAGAAAAAAGCUCAUCAAAUCAUGCAGAAGCAGAAGGCAAGAUUUGAAUCAAGGGAUUUCCUGGUUCACAACCUCUUUGCCACUAAAAAGUCUAGAGUUUGGUACUGUACUUGGGAUAUCAAACUCUGUUUUCUGUUGCAGAGUAAUUUAUUACAAUCGGAGACCAACAUAUAAAACACACUUGGGGGUACAAUCCCAGAAGGAACACAAACAUUUAAAACAUUGAACAACAGUAAAUUUAAAAUUUAUAAAUGCGAUAAGCGUAUAGACACUAAAAACUUUGAGAUAAGCUACCGCAGAGACAUGACCCACAAUCACCCGAGGGACCGGGUUUGGGGAUUUUCUUGACGAACUAGUUUGGAUUGGGGUGGUGGUUUGCACCUAUAGAUCUGUACACAGAAUCUGGCGACCACCCGGGUCGUCUUUUGAUCUUUGCCUAACAGGAGAAGAUCAAUUUUUUGCUUUUCCGGGAGGUUGGCAAGCCUCACCAGCAGGGAAUCAGUGGUCUCACUAUGUGCCUCUUCAUAAAAGGGACAUUAAAAAAAUAAGUGCUCUGGGCUUCCUUUCUCCCCCCAAUGAACAGGCGCAAAUUCUCUGAGCAUAUGGGACUUUUUUAAAGGAUCCUUCCAGGACCGGCAAGGGCAGUGCCCUUCUUGCAUUUUUGGAUAUGAGAAAGGAGAGAUAUGCUGCCGGUGUGGCUAUUUUUCUCAAUUUUUCCAGUUUUAUAGCCUGGCCCUCCUUGAGCAAUCCUAUUGUCUCUCUGUGUCUAUGAUUCUUUGCCCUAAUCAUGGCUUUUGUUUUGCUCAACCCCAGACUUAGAAGGGUUCGAGGGGCAAAACCUAGUUUCUGAAGGGUGUUCAGGACUGCUGUCUGCCAGCCUGACUGGAACUGGUCGCAGAGGCUCAGUGGGGAUAUUCCUCAGGGGAGCAGAUUCAAUGACAGCCAUUUGUAGAUUGAUGUUAUGCAGAUAUAAUCCUCUACUCUCAUCAUCCCCGUUUCUAGUCUGACCCAUGAGUUUGAAAAGCAUCUGGGGACAUGUAGGAGAGCUCUAAGGAGUUUGGAUUGAACUCUCUCAAGGGAGGAGAAAGCAGAGGAAGGUGGGCCCAGAAAGGAUCCAUAGAGGAGCUGUGCCAACCUUUUGGCUUUGUAUAAUUUUAGGGCUGUGGGGAUGAAGAAGCCCCCUUGGGCUCUAAAAAAUUUAAGAACACAGUUUGCGUUCCACCCCCCCCCCCAAGCUCCCAAUGGAGUUUAUGUGAAGUUUGUUGGUUCCUGAAGCCAUUCCUAGGUACUUAUAAUUUGUGACUUGUUCUAAUUUAUCACCUUGAAGUUCCCAGCUGUACUUGGGAUAUGUUUUCCCUUGAAGCCUUUGGCAAAAACCUAUUGUUGCCAUACCUUGCUGUAACUAAGCCUAAGUGUGUAUAUCUGAAAUAAUUGUAUAUUCUUUCCCUGUUUCUGUUCUACUUCAGUGUCUCCCUUGUGUUGAUACAUAGAUUUUAAGCCCCUUAGGGCUAGGUGCUGUUCCCUCGCAGUUUGUAAAGUGUUGUGUGCAUGAAAUGUGUCUUCUUGUUGUUGCUGUUUACAAACUGGCUACAUUUGAAUGAAUUUGCUUAAGUUACAUAGUGAACCCAGCUUGGGCAAUUUUAGAAUAUCUCUGACUAUUAGGCACUCCACCUACUCCUCUCCCUUUCUUCAAACAACGUAGCAGAAGUUGCCCAUGUAUUUAAAAUCCAGAAAUAAUCCAGAAAACUAUAUAAAAUUAGUCAAAUGUGCGCACCUAGAUGAACUUGGGUAAUGCAUACCCAGAGAGAGCUUUUGCAUGGUCAUGUGCCGCCAUUCUCCUAAAGUGUGUGGCAGAAUCUGAAAGAACUUUAAAAAGGCUUGUUUGGCUCAUGAAAGAAAGAUUUGAGAAGGGUUACAAUGACGGGAAAGCAUAAGAAUCAUACAUAGCUUAGGCAAGGCUAAAUCGUUGUUAAAGCUUUUAAGUAAUCUCAGGGGUCUCCACUAAAACUCAAAAAAAGCAGUUUUUAUUUUUGUACAACUUAUUGAUCUGUGGAACUCACUUCCAUGGGAUUUGGUGAAGGCCUGCAGCAUAAAUGGGCUUUUUUUUUUUUAAAGAGGGUUCUAAAUAUAUUUAAUGGAGGCUAAAGGUAUUGGGGAAGGUAGCUUUCUGCUCAGGUCCUCUUUAAAUACGAAGUUGCUGGAAGCUGUGAUUGAUGAACUGGAACAUAAUUAUUGAGCAUCUCUCCUGAAGCAUCCCAAAAAGGCUACUGUUGACGACGACAAGCUGCGGGGCUAGAUGGAUUGUUACUCCGAUCCAGUAAGGCUGGACCUUAAUUGAUACUUCCCCAGUGUUGCUCUCAGCUUCCCAAACUCUCCUUGAUGAAGUGAGCCUCUGCAGUGUGCCAGCCCCCCCCCCCUUGCACUCACUUGCCAGGAUCGCAUCCCUGUGAAAUGUGUGGAGCUUCCAGCAAUAAUGCACGAAACCUUGGCACAGUGACUCUUCUCCUUUAAAUAUUAAUGGGGCUGGCAACCAUCUGCAGCAAAAGGGUAUAAAUUUGCCUAACUGCUUCUCUCCACACUGCCUUUUCCCUCUGCCUUCUAGUUCGGAUGGUCUUGCUACCACCAGCAUCCCCAUCCAUUGCCUCGCCUCUGGGCAGCUCUGGUGGAGUCCUCCUCCCCCUCCUCCUCCCGUGCCCCCAUCCCAUGGGUCUGUGGCUAUGGGCUUGCUCUGGGGUAAGAGGUGCAGCAAGUGCCCCACCAACUGCUCCCCUACUUAUGCAGGCAUAAAGUGGAGCAAGGACAGCAGCAUGUCAGACAGCAAGGAAUGGGCCACGCUCAGCCCAGAGGAGUUCACCCAGCUGCAGAAGUACAUCGACUACAGCAGCAAGAAGGUGCAGGACGUGCUGCAGGAAUUUUAUGGAGAUGGUAAAUUGUCUGAGCACCUUCAAGGAGAUACGAUAGACUUUGAGGGUUUCAAGCUCUUCCUGAAAACCUAUUUGGAAGCAGAGGAGAUCUCAGAUGAACUUUGCAGCCAUCUCUUCAUGUCUUUCCAGACUACGGCAGGACAGGCCACAGCAGAGCCAGGGGUGCAAUCAACCAGUGGCUUUGUUUGCGUCAAUGAUGUCUCUUGUUACUUCUCUCUGCUGGAAGGUGGAAGGCCAGAAGACAAGCUGGAAUUCACCUUCAAGCUCUAUGACAAAGAUGGGAAUGGCCUGCUCGACAGUUCAGAGGUGGACCGCAUAAUCACACAGAUGAUGCGUGUGGCUGAAUAUCUAGACUGGGACGUCACUGAGCUUAAGCCAAUCCUGCAGGAGAUGAUGCGAGAGAUUGACUACGACGGCAGUGGCACAGUGUCUCUAUCCGAGUGGCUCCGUGGCGGCGCCACCACUGUCCCCCUUUUGGUGCUACUUGGACUGGAGGCUACCAUGAAGGAUGAUGGGCAGCACCUCUGGCGCCUGAAGCACUUCAACCGGCCCGUUUACUGCAAUGUGUGUGAGACGCUUCUGCUGGGGCUGCGCAAGCAGGGGCUGCGCUGCACUUUUUGCAAGUGCACAGUGCAUGAGCGCUGUGCCCGCAAAGCCCCCCUGAGCUGUAUCAGCACCUAUGCCAAGAGCCGCCGUGACACCAGUGCACAAGCCCACAUCUGGGUAAGAGGCGGCUGUGACGGUAGCAAGUGUGACCGGUGUCAGAAGAAGAUCAAGAGUUUUCAGAGCCUGACGGGAAUGCACUGUGCCUGGUGCCAUCAGAAGAUCCAUGACGAGUGCAUGUCUUUCAUGCCUUCAACUUGUGAUUGCGGGGUCCUCAGAGAUCAUAUCCUGCCACCUUCAGCAAUCUACCCUGUUGUGCUGGAGCGACAGAACAGUCAGAAGAACGGAGUCUGUGGGACCCCUUCAGAAGAUCCAGCUCAGCCCUUCACCACCCCUGAGGGACAGGCACUGCGGAUCAUCCCGGUGCCUGACACUCACCCCUUGCUUGUCUUUGUCAAUCCCAAGAGUGGUGGGAAGCAGGGAGAGAGGGUGCUGCGGAAAUUUCAAUACCUCCUCAAUCCACGGCAGGUCUACAAUUUACUGAAGGGGGGCCCCGGACCUGGGCUAAACUUCUUCCGCGAUGUGCCAGAUUUCCGUAUCCUGGUUUGUGGUGGUGACGGCACAGUUGGAUGGAUCUUGGAUGCCAUCGACAAAGCCAACCUACCAAGUCGGCCUCCUGUGGCUGUGUUGCCCCUGGGAACUGGCAAUGAUCUGGCCCGCUGCCUUCGCUGGGGAGGAGGUUAUGACGGCGAGAACCUAGUGAAGAUCCUUAAAGACAUUGAGGCCAGCAGCAUCCUGCAGAUGGAUCGCUGGUCAGUCCAGGUGACGCCCGACAACCCUGAUGAGAAAGGGGACCCCGUCCCCUACGAGAUCAUCAACAACUAUUUCUCCAUUGGGGUAGAUGCCUCCAUUGCCCACCGAUUCCAUGUCAUGAGGGAGAAAUACCCGGAGAAAUUUAACAGCAGGAUGAAGAACAAGCUCUGGUAUUUUGAGUUUGCUACAUCGGAGACCAUCUUUGCCACAUGCAAAAAGCUCAAGGAGUGCCUGUCUGUUGAGUGCUGUGGGCAGCCUAUUGACCUCAGCGGAGCACUUUCCGGAGUAGCUGUCCUCAACAUUCCCAGCAUGCACGGCGGCUCCAACCUCUGGGGUGAGACCAAGAGACCUUUGGGGGAGGCAGCGGCACGAAGCACAGCAGGGGGAGCCGCACAGCCCCAGGUCAUCAGUGAUGCCGAAACUCUGAAGAACUGUGUACAAGACCUAAGUGACCGGCGGAUGGAGGUGGUGGGCCUGGAAGGCGUCUUAGAGAUGGGACAGAUUUACACGGGACUGAAGAGCGCGGGCAAACGCCUGGCCAAGUGCUCCGAGAUCACACUGCGAACCUUCAAGCAUCUUCCCAUGCAGAUUGAUGGAGAGCCCUGGAUGCAAGCCCCAUGCACGAUCAAAAUAACCCACAAGAACCAAGCCCCAAUGCUCAUCGCUCCACCUCCCCGAUCCUCCAGCUUUUUCGGCUUGAAGAAGGGACCGCAGGAGCCCUAAAAGAAAAAGUGUUUCUGGGUCUAUCAGAAGCCACGGUGAUGCAGCUCAAGGCCUGUUGUCAGGAUGCCCAAUGCUCUUGCACCAUGGGGGGAAGUCCUGCUCUCUUUUACCACCACCAAACACAAACAAUUGAACAAGGUUUCUUGCUGCCUGGUACACGGCAAAGCGGGUGGGCAGCUGCAGCCACAGCGCCUUUGCUUCUGCCACACAGAUCGACGUUGCCAAUUCCCUGGACCGGGGUGGGAGAGCCCUUGCAAUACCCCUGCUAGUGGGUGUUGUCCUUUGUGGGCUGCCUCCCGGUGCCGGUGCCCUCUUACCCCAAUUGUGUGGGUGCCAAAUCUUCCUUCACUGAUCACUCAAAAGGCCCUGCAAAUUGUCUGCUCUUGCCC